AUGGAGGCGGCGGGCGGCCGGGCGCUGCGGUGCCUGCUGGCCGCCGUGGGGCUGCUCUCGGCGCUCAGCGCCGCCGGGACGCUCUUCCUCCUGGCGCAGUGGCGGGAGCUGGGCGCGGCGCUGCGGGAGCUGGAGGCGGCGCGGCCCGCCGCGGACAACGGCUCCCUGCGGGACCUGCUGGGCGCCGCCGGCCCCGGCCAGGCGUCCCCCGCGGCCGCCCGCAGCAAGCGGAGCCGCCGCGGGGAGCGCGCCCGCGGACACGUGCGCGCCGAGAACGAGGAGAUGCUCAUGAUGAUGACCUACUCCAUGGUGCCGGUCCGAGUGAUGGUGGAUUUAUGUAACAGCACAAAAGGGAUAUGCUUAACAGGGCCCCCAGGUCCCCCAGGGCCUCCUGGACUUGAUGGACUGCCUGGCUACAAUGGAUCAGAUGGAGUCCCAGGUAUACCAGGACAAAAAGGAGAACCAGGAAUAAAUGGAAAAAGAGGAAAAAUAGGUUUGCCAGGACCAAAAGGUGAUCAAGGACAGAAAGGAGAACCUGGAGAAAUUGGUUUACCUGGCAAGGAUGGUAUGCCAGGAGGAAAAGGCGCAAGAGGAGCAAAGGGUGAAAAGGGGGAUGCAAACAAUGAUGUGAUAUUAGAAGGUGCAAAAGGUGAACCUGGACUGCCAGGGCCCCCUGGACCACCAGGGCCCCCAGGGCCUCCAGGAAAACGUAAAGGUAAAGGUAAAGCACAGCUUCAGGAGAACAUAUACAGCAGCAAAUGCACAGGUGAGACAUGUGCUGUACCGAAUGAUGAUACCCUGGCUGGAAAAGCUGAAGACAGAACCCCUGGUCCUUCAAAAAAAGCUGAAUGUGUCAUAACAUCUGUAGGAAGUCCUGUUCACUUUGUCAGUGUACAGCAAACGUUUGGAACUUGGAUGCGGGAACCUGCAAAUAUAAGCGAUGAAAGGAUUUGGCUUACCAUGCAUUUUUCAGGAAACUCUAUAAAAGAAUAUGAGAAUUCCAAUGCCUUGCUGAAUGACAGCUACAGGAUCAUUAACAUCACGGGAUUCUUUUAUGGAUGUGGUCAUGCAGUACAAAACAAUCAUCUCUACUAUCAAAAGGGAGGAACCAAUGUCAUUCUGAAACUUGGGCUUGAUAAAGCAUCGCUGGGCACACUGCUAAUUGAAAAUGCCUUAUAUCAUGGUCGUAACUACCUGUUUUCUAACUCGAAGACGUAUUUCAACAUAGCAGUGGAUGAGAAGGGUCUUUGGAUUAUAUAUGCCUCAAGCACUGACGAAAAUAUGAUAGUAGCACAUAUUGAUGAAGAAACAUUUUCAGUCAUUCGGCAUAUCAAUACUACAUAUCCUAAGUCCAAGGCUGGUAACGCAUUCAUAGCAUGUGGCAUUAUGUAUGUUACUGAUACCAAGGAUAUGACAGUAAGUUUUGCUUUUGAUUUAUUGAAAGAGAAGCAGAUUGAUGCAAGGUUUGAGUUACGGUCUUCACAGUCUGUUCUUGCUAUGCUUUCAUACAGUCUAAGAGAUAAGAAUUUGUAUACAUGGGAGAACGGGAGCUUAAUGGUAUACCCUGUACAUUUUGGCAGAUGAAUGUAUUUUAAAAUGUCAUGUAUGGGAGCCAUGUUUCACUAAAUAGAUUAUUUAAAGCUAUAUGAUAUACACACAGGGGUGUCUUCACUUGGUAUAAUUUUCUGUUCACUGAUGGUGGUUUGUGAGUGUGCAUAAAAGGGAGAUCAGGUGCCUUUGUAUAAACACACUUCAAUUAUAUAGGCCGUUCUCGUCUUUUUGAAAGAAUAGCUGUUCAAUAUUGCAGCUGGCACACAGUUAGCACAGACUUGCUUUUGUUUUUCCCCUGUUGUUCAGCCGAUAAUUAUAUCUAAUGUACAUUGAUUAUUCCAUGGUCAUGUGCUCAGCAGAGACUAUUUAUAACUUUCAGUUGCAAUCAUCUUAUCUGCAAUUAUCUUCUAGUCAGUGAUUAUGGUCUAGUAUAAAUGUCUAAAUAAUGAACUUUUGUGUACAAAUACCUUUGUCACUUUCACUUCAUACUUUCCGCUGAUUCUCUGCGAACAGUUGUUUUGGACAAAGAUAUACAGCUGUUAAAAAUAAUGGGGAUGGAAAUAGUUGUUUAAAUAAUAAAAAAAAAGCAGAAAGCUUCAAAUUUGACAAGUUCAGUGAACUGUUACAUAAAAGCAAAAUCCAGCCCAAGUACAGGGAAAUGGGAACAAUGGCAUUAUUAAAUAUUGAAUAUACAUGAAAUUGUGUUUAGUGAAUGGACUGUGGAAAGAAAAGUAAUGAGGUAUAAAAUUGAAGAGAAGAUGUAAAAUUUAUGAUUAAAAUUCCCUUUUUAACAGUGUUUGAGUUGCUUGUGUUGCUGCAGACUCUUUCUUGCCCCUCACUGCCAUGUAAACUAUACCACUAUAACUUGCUUAUAACUAUACUUAAUUAUAGUAAGGUAUAUUUCUAAAAAAAAAUUUUCCCCACGUUCAUCCAUACAAAUGAAAUCAUAAAAUGAAGGGUAUACUUUUUUGCUGCUAUUCUUAGAAAAAUAAAAUAUCUGGAGCAGGAACGCAUGUAUUCAUCAUAGUGCCUAGUGACUCAAU